AUUGCCUUCACGUCGACAUGGAGCAGCCGUACUCGAGCCCUGUGUCUGUAGACCACUACGGCGUCCUGUCUCUCGUGAUGACCGUGCUCGGCUUCGUGUUUUUCGCGGGGUUCUUCACCAGAACCGUCAGCGACGAAAAGAACGUGGUGGUGGAAACCGCGUACGCCGCCAUGGCGUCUCUCUUUCUGGGUACAGGCACCGUGUUCCUCCUGCUGUGGGCAGGGGUGUAUGCAUGAUGAGGAUCGAUCGGUCUAUGUCAGUCGCCGCCGUCAUGUGUUCAUGCGCAUUCAUCUUUAUUACGUCGAUCCUGGCAUUAAGCUAUAGUACACCGUCGUGACAAAC